AUGGUGUCUCCCUACGAAAUUCAACUGCUUCGAGCUAUUGUAGCGACUCAAUUACGCCGUACUGGAUUCGAUGAGGCUUCGUCUCGAGCUGUAGACGUAUUGACAGACAUUCUCAUUGCUUACUUGCAUCGGCUUGGUAGUCGAGUGAAGUCCUACGCUGAACAUGCGACUCGAACAAUGCCAACACCACUUGACCUCCUGUUUGUCUUUGACGAGUUCAGGAUUUCGAUUGGAGACCUGCAAUCAUUUGCUGAAAUUCAUCAAGAUACAGCUCCAAUCCAAAUAAAACCCACUCUCGAAGCAAAGAAUGUCGAAUUAUACAAGUACAUCAACCCAGCCUCAUCAAUGAUCCGAGUCGACGACACCACUGGCACUCGUAAAGAUCACAUACCACCACACUUCCCCCUUCUUCCAAGCGCGCAUACCUACUUGCAAACACCAAUAACACUAUGGAAUGAAGAAAGUGAUCCAAUCAAAAAGCACGAACAACAUGCACAACAAGCCAAACAAGCUGAAGAUGCACUAGUAAAGCUGUAUCGUGCAUCACUUGUCGCAAGAGGAACCGAAGAAGAUUCGAUUUUCUCGUUUGAAGCUGCAGUAAAAGUGAAAACAUAA